AAUGGGGAGGGGCAAAGACUUCAUAUAAAUAGACAUCGCUGACAAACACUGCAGUACAAUCUAGACACGCUCAAUGGCAACAAUUCAAAAAACCUAAAUAGCAAACUUGGGGAGAAGAGCCCUUUGCAAAAAAAGAGCAAAAGGAAAUGAAACAGGAAGUCAACAUAAUGGAAGACGGUUUUCAAGGCCAUAAGGCACCUACUGUGGUAUCCAUGUUGAAGAUCAAGAAUGAAUGCAUUCGAGUGGUCCUGGCAGAGACCCUCUGCACAUUUAUCAUGAUGGUGUUCGGCCUUGGCUGUGUUGCACAAGUGGUCACAGGAAAUGGUUUUUUCGGAGAUUACCUCAGCAUAAAUAUAGGCUUUGGACUGAGUGUGGCUAUGGGUGUGCACAUUGGUGGAAAAGUGUCAGGAGCUCACAUGAAUGCAGCUGUUUCGUUCACAAUGUGCGUGUUCGGCCGUUUGCGCUGGAAGAUGCUGCCACUGUAUGUUUUCGCCCAGUUUCUGGGUUCCUUCCUCGCUGCCGGGACCAUUUUUUCACUUUAUUACGAUGCUAUACAUCAUUACUGUGGGGGCAAUUUCACUGUGUCUGGUCCCAAAGCAACAGCUGGGAUCUUUGCCACAUAUCCAGCACCUUACAUCUCGAUCUACACUGGAUUCUUCGACCAGGUUGUGGGCACCGCCAUGCUGUUGCUGUGUCUGAUGGCUCUGGCAGACCAGAGAAACCAGCCGGUUGUGUCUGGAGGUGAGCCUGUGGGAGUGGGGCUCGUGGUGCUGCUCAUUGGUGUGUCUCUGGGGAGCAACAGCGGCUAUGCCAUCAAUCCCACACGAGAUCUAGGGCCAAGAGUCUUCACACUGAUGGCAGGUUGGGGCAUGGAGGUUUUCAGGGCAGGCAAUGGAUGGUGGUGGGUACCUUUGGUGGCCCCCUUUAUUGGUGGAGUGACCGGGGCUUUAAUCUACAAAGCAUUUGUAGAGCUACACCACCCUGAUCUUAAAAGCACUAACACACAGUCUACUGAAGAUCCUGAAUGUGUUCCUCUGGAAAAGUGCAAGAAUGGCAGUACAGAGAUAUCUGUGUGAGACCUGCUCAAGUUAAGGACCAAGAAUGUUACAGAGACCAAAGAAAGAAAGUGCCAUUUCUACCGAAGGCAGCUGGGAUGUUUACAGGAAUAAUAUGAAACAUGGAUAACG